AUGUUCAUCAUCCUGAAGAUGCAGGCAGUGUCUUACCGUGUACGCCCAGAGUCAUUGGCCGUACGGGAGGGACAGACUGUCACGCUAAGAUGUGCCUUCAUCGGACUAACAGCACAGAGUGUGGUGAUCUGGGAGGGACCACCGAACUUCAACGUCAUGUCAACAGACAGGAUGGUGGAUUCCCUCUACAAGAGACACCGGAUCACUGGGAAUUCUGCCAGGGGAGAGUACAACAUGGAAAUCGAUGAUGUCCAAGUAUCAGACGCUGGUGGCUACAGAUGUAGUACUUUAGGACUGCAGGAAAAGGCAGAGAUGAUGUUGGAUGUUAUAGUUCCGAUGAAAAAACCUCCGAAGAUCACACUGAGUGAUGCCAGUAGCACUGCCGGUCAGUCACUAACUCUGAGCUGCAGGACAACAGAGGGGUCUCCACUCCCCACACUAACAUGGUUUAACGGCACCACACAAGUACAACAGAGCAAUAUGAAGCUGACGGAGGACCUGUCAAUCGCGAGUCUAGACCUGGUACUUCUGGAGCUGACCAGAUGGGAUCAUGGGAGAAAUUUCACCUGUGUGGCUGACCAAGGCCAUCCUCAACUAGCAGCUUCAACAGCGUCAUCAACUAUACUGGAUGUCAAAUAUUCCCCUGUUGUAAGAAUCAGGUCACAGUCGGUCCGUUCCAAUGAGGGUGAGACAUUGGACCUGAGCUGUGACGUAGACAGUAACCCUCCAGCCGACGUCUCAUGGCAGAAACUUCGCGGAAGCAUCCCUACUAAUGCAGAAAACAGAGGCGGUACACUCCGCCUACCGACAUUGGACAGAACUGCAGCAGGCGUGUACCAGUGUCAUGCUGCCAACGGUAUUGCACCGAGUGGGGUCGGCUCAGCCACCUUAACUGUGCAAUAUCCACCCCACAUCACUUCAAACUUUAACCGCAAGACGAGUCCAUUCGUCGGGCAGGAGGGUUUCUCCUUGCCCUGUGAGGCGGAGGGAUAUCCAGAGCCUCGCGUUAGGUGGCGGCGGAAGGGCACAAAGCUGUACUUUGGUAACCCCCUGCAGUUCUCCCGGAUUGACUAUGAUAUGGAGGGAGACUACGAGUGUGUGGCGUCAAACGGCCAGAUGAGGGACGCCGUCAGACAAAUCUUUCUGGAUGUCAGAGGAAAACCAUACAUCAACACGGUGAGUUUGAAAGUGUCUGUGCGGUCCGGAGACACGGCUAGACUGGUGUGUGAGAUUCUGUCCGACCCGCUUCCUGAAGAGACAAGAUGGCUGCGGCGUGGGCCCGGUCAACAGGACAAACCGGUCACAGCCAGUCAGCGAGCAGGCAUCAGAGAGGAGGAAACGACGUCACCUCGAGGCGUGACGAACACCCUGGUGAUCUCUCACGUCGGCCGUUCAGACGGCGGAGUUUACGUCUGUGAGACAACAAACACCUUCGGCACCUUCCAGAGGGAGUUCCGCAUGGACGUCAAAGAUACCAACACGCAUGCAGUAGUCAUCGCUUCCGUCACAGUUAUUGUUCUGCUGAUUCUUUUCGCCACGAUUUUCGUCUGUAUCGCCAAGAGGACAGGGUUGACUGCGGGGGCCAAGCGUGAGAAAACUACAGGUUCUACUCUGACGGCUUCCCGGGCCCUCCCUCCCCUUCCACCGUACAUGGACAGCCGGUCUGUUCCGGUUCUGGAUCCGGAUGACAUGACCGGUCUGGAGCUACAGGACUUUAACGGGACCCUGAAGCCACGACCUCCCCCCAGGAUGGACAAGCAGCCCUACUCCAUCGGCUUAUCCUACCCAAGUUUGAUGCACCCCCUCCCGCCCUACUCCACUGUGGAGAGACAGAGGCCGGACGGGGAGGACAACAUGGUGGACUCGCCCUACCUGGAGGACCCCUGGGUGACAGAGGUCACUUAGAAGACCAGCGAAUGUUCAAAAUAUAGUUGUAGUUGAUAG